CUUGGCUGCUCGGUGCAAUAUGAGAUAUUGUAAAAUUCGAUAAGGUACAAAUUGCAAGCAGAUGCUGACAUCAAUGGCUUGGAGUUGAAAACGUUACGGCGUGUGACUAAAGACGAGCUUUCCCGCAAACGGCAUUAAUUUUACAGAUGGGGCAAACCCGGCGACACUAUUUCUACGAGUUCAGAGUGAACGUCUGGCGUCUUGGAGCAGCACCGCAUCAAACAUGCCACCUGCCCCCUUGUGAAACGCAGGCUGAAGCAGAAGAACACUAAAGACCAAGAAUUCUGGACCAAGUCUUGACUGGAUCAUGUAACCGGUGACUGGCUCCACGCGGGCUCUCCCCGGAGACGGCAGCUUGACAACAAGCCGACCCGUGUGUCUGUCGUCUUCGUCUUACCGCACGGAGCGCGGCGCCUCGCCUUAUUGAAACGGAGGAGCCCAUUAAAGUGGUCGAUAGAUACGAAGGUUCGUUGUCGUGGUGGCGCUGUCGGCCGGCUGCGGCGCGAAGACGAGAUAAGAAGAGGAACAAAAGUGGCCGUCUGACAGGAACUGAAUACAAAUGAGGAUCCGUCGCUCCUGCUCCCACGCAAGCGGGGCCGAAUCGAUCUUAGAAAACUGAAAUGGACAUAUAAAUCGGCUUCAAUUACAGGACCAUUAACCGGGAACCCAAAAUGAUGGGAUUCGAUGUUAGCUUUGAAUUGAUAUGAAAAACAAGGCGGGGGAUUGAACCCUACACUCUUGGGCGAGUGUGCAAUGAGGCUCCUAUAAAGCGAUAGAGCAUCAUAAACAAGAUGGAGGCGUACAACAGCUCCCUGGAGUACUUCAUCAGCAACGUCAGCGAGGUUCCCGGUCCGACCACCGCGACUCUUUACUGGAGCGAGGCCUCAGUUUUGGGCUUCCAGAUCUCCCUGUCCGUGCUCCUGGGUGUGGUGACCUUCGCCACGGUGCUGUCCAACGCCUUCGUCAUCGCCACCAUCUUCUUGACCAGAAAGCUGCACACCCCCGCCAACUUCCUGAUCGGCUCGCUGGCCGUCACCGACCUCCUGGUGUCCAUCUUGGUGAUGCCCAUCAGCAUAGUGUACACGGUCAGCAAGACCUGGUCGCUGGGGCAGAUCGUGUGCGACAUCUGGCUGUCGUCCGACAUCACCUUCUGCACGGCGUCCAUCCUCCACCUGUGCGUCAUUGCCCUGGACCGCUACUGGGCCAUCACGGACGCGCUGGAGUACUCCAAACGCCGCACCAUGCGCCGAGCCGGGAUCAUGGUCGGAGUAGUGUGGGUGAUCGCCAUAUCGAUUUCCAUGCCUCCGCUCUUCUGGCGGCAGGCCAAAGCCCACGAGGAGCUGACGGAGUGCUUGGUGAAUACGGAUCAGAUCUCGUACACCCUCUACUCCACCUUCGGGGCGUUCUACGUUCCCACGGUGCUUCUCGUCAUCCUCUACGGACGGAUUUAUGUCGCGGCGCGCUCCCGCAUCUUUAAGAUGCCGACGUCGUCCGGGAAGCGCUUCACCACGGCGCAGCUCAUCCGGACCUCGGCGGGCUCGUCCCUGUGUUCUCUCAACUCCUCGUCCAACCAGGAAGGCCACCUCCAGGAAGGCCACGUCCACUCGGGAACGGGGAGCUCGCCUCUGUUCACCAACAGCGUGAAGGUGAAGCUGGCCGACAGCGUCCUGGAAAGGAAGCGACUGUGCGCGGCGCGCGAGAGAAAAGCCACCAAGACGCUGGGCAUCAUCCUGGGCGCGUUCAUCGUGUGCUGGCUGCCCUUCUUCGUGGGCACCCUGGUCACGGCCAUUUGCAAAGAAUGCUGGUUCCACCAGGUGCUCUUUGAUGUCUUUACCUGGCUGGGGUACCUCAACUCGCUCAUCAACCCGGUGAUCUACACCGUAUUCAACGACGAGUUCAAGCAAGCCUUCCAGAAACUCAUGAAGUUCAGACGCUUCUCUUGAAGACCGAAAAGCUCUCGGGGGCGAAAAUAGUAUCGAGUAUAUUUAAAGGAGGACUUUGUCGAAAAAAAUAGGAAUGGGAGCACACAUAAAAAGUUGGUAGAUGAAGGUUCAGUGUUUCUUUUAAUGCCAAGAUUAUCCACAGAUUUCCCCUAGAAACAUCUCUCAAUUGGAAACUUAUUAUCGAAAUUUUUCUCUCGCUCAGACAUUGCGAUGACCCCGGCUGGAAAACUGACAGCCAAUCAGCGUUUGCCACGUCUGCAGCGUUUCCUGU